GGGCGUGGGUACCAGGUCUACGGAGUUACGGUAAACUAAAGCCGGACUUGAGACGGAACAGUGACAAUAGGGAAAUUUAAUAGAUUCUGGAUGUGGUAGGGCUUGAGACUGGGUUUGGGACUCCACGCCUGGCUCCUGAGCAGGAGUUUAAGUAUCCUGUGAGCAUGGUGUCAAGCAGGUGGGGCGGGGCAGGCGAACUCUAAAGGGGCGGGGCUGGGGAGAGGCGGGGCUGAGGGAGGGGCAGAGCUGCGGUUCUCUGCGUAAACGGGAGAACUCAUUUUUCAGGAUGAUCUCACGUUGGACUUUUGAGGGUGAAUCAGGCCUGAGGCGGAAGUUCGGUCUAUGGCAAGAGGCCAUCUCUCCAGGGUUGGGGUUGAUAAGUCCUAACUUUACUACAUCCCACACGGGGCUAAAGGGGCGGAAAUGGAAGCGCUGAGGCAACCCUUCGGGACUGGAUUAUUGGAGAGAGGGAUUGUGUUUGGAGACUAGGAGACUAGGAAAGAAAAUGGACAGGGUAGAGGUGGGUCUAGAAGAGAGACAGGGAGUCCAGGGGCGAGGUCGGAAGGUGGCUAUUCCUCUCUUUUCCACCUACCCGGAUGCUCCACCCCAUCCCUAUUUGUUCAUCCCAGAGUCAGAGAGCCGUGUAUCCUGGACAUCUGCUAAAUUGUAGCUUAAAAAUGAAGGCUGAUCCGAUCAGACCACAGAUAAAGUCAUGGACUCAUCCCCGAUGACUCAUACAGUCCCCUCCCUCGUGGACACUGCCACUUAAAGAUGGCUGGUUAUAGUAAGCUACACAAACACACAUAAAAGCACAACAUUGUCUUCACACAGGACGGUGCAGAUCACCCUCAAGGGCCGGUCUUCAAGGCUGGAGAGAUGGCCUAGAGGUUAAGAGCACUUGCUGCUCCCAGCAUGCACAUGGGGUGCUCAUAACCACCUAUAACUUUAUCUCCAGAGGAUCCCAAUGCUGUCUUCUAUCAUACACUCACACCAACACACGCAUUCAUAUAAAUAAAAUGAGAGAGAGAGAGAGAGAGAGAGAGAGAGAGAGACUUCUGUUUGCAAGGUUCCUAUCUCCUCAUAGCCUGGAAGUGCCUAGCCAGAGCACCACCACUUAUCUCCUUCCUGGGACUUCUAGGCUCUCGGUGCGAUGGGGGUCUCUGGGCAUCUUCUGUAACACCACCAUUCCGAGUAUUGUGAAAACAUCAUCGGGAGGGAAGCUCUCUAGAGCAGCACUGAACUUGGCAUCAGGGGCAGGCAAGGCAAGCACCUCUAGGCUCCUUCACCUCUGAGCUGUGCUCGACGCUCAGGUCUACACUUCUGUGUCCACAGACGUAGUGGUGCUGGAGGUGAGCAACUCCCUGGCACAGCCUUCCUUGUUCUACCACCUCGGCGUGCGUGAGAGCUUCAGCAUGACCAACAAUGUGCUCCUCUGUUCCCAGGCAGAGCUCCCUGACCUGCAGGCCCUUCGUGAGGAUGUUUUCCAGAAGAACUCGCGGCUACUUCCGGGAGACCAUUCGUCAAGAUAUCCGGAAGGCACGGGAGCGGUUCAGCGGGCAGCAGCUGAGGCAGGAGCUGGCUCGCCUGCAGCGGAGGCUGGACAGCGUAGAGCUGUUGAGCCCCGACAUCAUCAUGAAUCUGCUUCUGUCAUACCGCGACGUCCAGGACUACUCCGCCAUCAUUGAGCUGGUGGAGACGCUGCAGGCUUUGCCCACCUGUGAUGUGGCCGAACAGCACAAUGUCUGCUUCCACUACACGUUUGCCCUCAACAGGAGGAACAGGCCUGGGGACCGUGAGAAGGCCCUGGCUGUCCUUCUGCCAUUGGUGAAGCAUGAAGGCCCCGUGGCUCCAGACCUGUACUGCAUGUGUGGUCGUAUCUACAAGGACAUGUUCUUCAGCUCCAGCUUCCAAAGUACUGGGCACCUGGAGCAGGCCUAUCACUGGUACCGCAAGGCAUUUGAUGUGGAGCCCAGCCUACACUCGGGCAUCAAUGCAGCUGUGCUGCUCAUUGCAGCUGGGAAACACUUUGACGACUCUGAGGAGCUCCAGCUGAUAGGCAUGAAGCUGGGCUGCCUGUUAGCCCGCAAAGGCUGUGUGGAGAAGAUGCAGUAUUACUGGGACGUGGGGUUCUACCUGGGAGCCCAGAUUCUUGCCAACGACCCCAUCCAGGUGGUGCUGGCUGCAGAACAACUAUACAAGCUCAAUGCCCCCAUAUGGUACUUGGUGUCAGUGAUGGAGACCUUCUUACUGUACCAGCAUUUCAGACCCACACCAGAGCCCUCGGGAGGACCCGUGCUGCGAGCUCACUUUUGGCUCCAUUUCUUGCUACAAUCCUGCCAGCCUUUCAAGGCGACCCCUCCUCAGGAGGACCAGUGCCUGGUACUGGUGCUGGAGAUAAACAAGGUUCUGCUGCCUGCCAGACUUGAGAUUCAGGGAGCCGACCCCAUGAGCGCAGUGACCCUAAGCUUGCUGGAGCCAGAGACUCAGGAUGAUCCUUCCAGCUGGACCUUCCCAGUCACCUCCAUCUGUGGGAUCAGCGCCUCCAAGCUGGACCAGCGCUGCUGCUUCCUGUACGCACUUCCUCCGGCCCAGGACGUCCAGCUGUGCUUUCCCAGCGUAGAGCGCUGCCGGUGGUUCUGUAGCCAAAUUCAGGUCUUGGUGAUGAAUCCAGAUUCCUCGGCGCCCACUGAGGAGGCAGAAGGCACAAGGGAGGUGCUGGAGUUUGAUUAUGAAUAUUCGGAGACGGGUGAGCGGCUGGUGCUGGGCAAAGGCACGUACGGGGUGGUGUAUGCUGGCCGCGACAGGCACACGAGGGUACGAAUCGCCAUCAAAGAGAUCCCAGAGAGAGAUAGCAGAUUCUCUCAGCCUCUGCACGAGGAGAUCGCUCUCCACAAACGCCUUCGCCACAAGAAUAUAGUGCGCUAUUUGGGCUCAGCCAGCCAGGGCGGCUACCUCAAGAUCUUCAUGGAGGAAGUGCCUGGAGGCAGCCUGUCCUCCUUGCUUAGGUCAGUGUGGGGACCCCUAAAGGACAACGAGAGUACUAUUAGCUUCUACACGCGUCAGAUCCUGCAAGGACUUAGCUACCUGCAUGAGAACCGCAUUGUUCACCGAGACAUCAAGGGGGACAAUGUACUGAUCAACACCUUCAGUGGGCUGCUCAAGAUUUCUGACUUUGGCACCUCCAAGCGGCUGGCAGGCAUCACACCCUGCACGGAGACUUUCACAGGGACCCUGCAGUAUAUGGCCCCAGAAAUCAUUGACCAGGGCCCACGAGGAUAUGGAAAGGCGGCUGACAUCUGGUCUCUGGGCUGCACUGUGAUUGAGAUGGCCACAGGUUGGCCGCCCUUUCACGAACUAGGGAGCCCGCAGGCUGCCAUGUUUCAGGUGGGCAUGUACAAGGUACAUCCACCAGUGCCAAGUUCCCUGUCAGCUGAGGCCCAAGCCUUCCUCCUCCGAACUUUUGAGCCAGAUCCCCGCCUCCGAGCCAGUGCCCAAGAGCUGUUGGGAGACCCCUUCCUGCAACCAGGGAAGAGGAGCCGCAGCCCUGGCUCUCCUCGGCACACUCCCCGGCCCUCAGGCACCCCUUCCAGUACUUCCAGUCCUUCAGCUGACUCAGCCACACAGUCUCAGACAUUCCCAAGGCCCCAGGCACCCUCUCAGCACCCACCCAGCCCUCCGAAGCGCUGCCUUAGUUAUGGGGACACCAGUCAGCUCCGUGUGCCCGAGGAAUCCGCUGCCGAGGAACCCGCGUCCCCAGAAGAGAGUUCAGGCCUGAGCCUGCUGCACCAGGAGAGCAAGCGCCGAGCCAUGCUGGCUGCAGUGCUGGAACAGGAGGUGCCCAUACUAGCAGAGAAUCUCCUGGAUCAGGAACAGGAUUCUCGACUCAGCAGGAAUCAUGUGGAACUUCUGCUUCGGUGCCUCGGGGCACAAAUCCAUACUCCUAACCGCCGGCAGCUGGCCCAGGAGCUGCGGGCCCUGCAAGCUCAACUGCGGGCCCAGAGCCUGAGCCCUGCGCUUUUGAAGGGGCCGCUCUUCGCCUUUCCAGACGCGGUGAAGCAGAUCCUCCGCAGACGCCAGAUCCGCCCACACUGGAUGUUCGUGUUGGACUCGCUGCUCAGCCGGGCAGUCCGGGCGGCGCUGGCCGUACUGGACGCGGAGGCAGAGAAGAAAGCGGUCUCACCGAAGUCAGAGGAGUGGAGUCAAGGGGAGUCCCAGCAGAAACCGCUGGAGAGCCAGCCGCCGCUGCAGAGUCAGCUCCCACCAGAGCAGGAACCUCCAUCCCUGAUGAUACAGCUGGGUCUCUUGCGAGCUGAGACUGACAGGCUUCGGGACAUUCUGGCUGAGAAGGAACGUGAGUGCCAGGCCCUCGUGCAACAGGCCCUGCAUCGGGUGCACGCAGAGACCAGGACGUAUGCCCUGGCUUCAGAGACCCCGGCCACUCUCCCAAAGGACCAGAAACUGGUGCAGUGGCUACAGGACCUGAGUGUAGAUCCAACCACUAUCCAAACGCUCCUGAGCCAUAGCUUUACCCUUCAAACCCUGCUCACCUGUGCCACUCAGGAUGACCUCGUCUACACCAGAAUCAGGUACAUCUUGGGCCCUCCGGCGGUGAACCACGUAGCACCCGCUAGCAAUAUGCGGGCAUCCCCUGCCCUCUGGGCCUGCCUUGAUUCCUCCCUGAAAACAACUGGGGAACAAGUUCUCCUGGGCAUAGCGGUUCCUAACGAGAGAGCGGGGGCUGCCUUCUGGCUGAAUUACAUUGAUCCCUGAUGUCCCCAGGGGAGGGAUGGUAUGCAGAAUUUGGAGAGCCAUCUUGGCACAGCGAGCAGGAGCCACGUCGGUCACCCCUGGACCCCGGGAUGCUGAGUGAUGACAUCAAGGGACACAGACAUGGAUGGAUGAACAGAGGAGACACAAGCAGCUUUUGACGCACCCGUCCCAGAACCUAGGAGCAAACUGCAGGGCCCAGGACGAACCCCAAUGGGUGGAACUAACUAGGGAGGCACCCAAAAGACACUACAUACGACCAAAGACUAUUAAACAGAACACUUGCUACCA